UGUACAGGAGAGGAGUGUGGAGGGUAUGACAGUGAUCGGUAUGUACAGGAGAGGAGUGUGGAGGGUAUGACAGUGAUCGGUAUGUACAGGAGAGGAGUGUGGAGGGUAUGGCAGUGAUCGAUAUGUACAGGAGAGGAGUGUGGAGGUGUGACAGUGAUCGGUAUGUACAGGAGAGGAGUGUGGGGGGUAUGACAGUGAUCGGUAUGUACAGGGGAGGAGUGUGGGGGGUAUGACAGUGAUCGGUAUGUACAGGAGAGGAGUGUGGAGGGUAGGAGAGGAGUGUAUGACAGUGAUCGGUAUGUACAGGAGAGGAGUGUGGGGGUAUGACAGUGAUCGGUACGUACAGGAGAGGAGUGUGGAGGGUAUGACAGUGAUCGGUAUGUACAGGAGAGGAGUACGGAGGUAUGACAGUGAUCGG